CCUGAGGUGACAGGCGGACGAGCUUGGACACGGGGCGCUGCGGUUGCUCUCCCCGCUUCUCCUCAGCGGAAUGGCCCGUGCGCGACUGGCCGUGUCGGCCGCCUGCGACUCCUAGACGUCGGCGCCCUCCUGCCCACCGGCGCAGACGCCGCUCUGGGUGUCCGUUUCUCUUUCCUUUGGCCGGCAGCCUGAGGACUUUGAGGAGCAAAUUGGAGCUAAUUCACAUGAUGGAAAUGGAAACCACUGAUCCUGAGCCAGACUGUGUGGUACAACCUCCCUCUUCUCAUGACUUUCCAUGCCAAAUGAGACUUUCUGAGAAGAUCACUCCAUUGAAAACUUGUUUUAAGAAGAAGCAGGAUCAGAAGAGAUUGGGAACUGGAACCCUGAGAUCUUUGAGGCCCAUAUUAAACACUUUGCUAGAAUCUGGGUCACUUGAUGGAGUUUUUAGAGCUAGAGACCAGAGUAGAGAAGAGAGCAGCUUACAUGAACCUAUGGUGAAAAAACCCCUGGAAAUCAAUCCAUCCUGUCCACCAACAGAAAACAGUAUGUCUGUCCUGAUCCCUGAUGGAACAAAUGUUGAAGACCAGUUAUCAGAAGCCCAUCCUUCCACUGAGGUUCCAGAACAAGUGGUUCCCAUCCAGGAUCACAGUUUUCCACCAGAAACCAUCAGUGGGACAGUGGCACAUUCUACACCAGGGCACUUCCAAACUGACCUUUUACAUCCUGUUUCAAGUGAUGUUCCUACUAGUCCUGACUGCAUAGACAAAAUUAUAGAUUUCAUUCCAGGGGCUUUCCAAGACAGUAAUUUUACCAUCCAGUACAUUUUGGACACCAGUGAUAAGCUGAGUACUGAGCUCUUCCAGGACAAAAGUGAAGAGGCUUCCCUAGACCUUGUGUUUGAGCUGGUAAACCAGCUACAGUACCAUACUCACCAAGAGAAUGGAAUUGAAAUUUGCAUGGACUUCCUGCAAGGCAGUUGUAUUUAUGGAAGGGAUUGUUUGAAACAUCACACCAUCUUGCCCUAUCAUUGGCAGAUUAAAAAGAUGACUACUCAGAAGUGGCAGAGUGUAUCUAAUGAUUCUCAGGAGCACUUGGAAAGAUUUUAUUGUAAUCCUGAAAAUGAUAGAAUGAAAAUGAAGUAUGGAGGACAAGAAUUUUGGGCAGAUUUGAAUGCCAUGAAUGUGUAUGAGACAACAGAAUUUGACCAACUACGAAGGCUGUCUACACCACCCUGUAGUAAUACCAACUCUAUUUACCACACAUAUUGGAAAUUCUUCUGUAAAGACCACUUUGGAUGGAGAGAGUAUCCUGAGUCUGUUAUUCGAUUAAUUGAGGAAGCCAACUCUCGGGGUCUAAAAGAAGUUCGAUUUAUGAUGUGGAACAAUCACUACAUCCUUCACAACUCAUUCUUCAGGAGAGAGAUUAAAAGGAGACCCCUUUUCCGCUCCUGUUUUAUACUGCUUCCAUAUUUACAGACACUUGGUGGGAUUCCCACUCAGGCCUCUCUGCCUCUUGAAGCAACUUCAUCGUCACAAAUUAUAUGCCCAGAUGGGGUCACCUCAGCAAACUUUUAUCCUGAGACUUGGGUUUAUAUGCAUCCAUCUCAGGACUUCAUUCAAGUGCCUGUUUCUUCAGAGGACAAAAGUUACCGCAUCAUUUAUAAUCUUUUUCAUAAGACUGUGCCUGAAUUUAAGUAUAGAAUUUUGCAAAUAUUGAGAGUCCAAAACCAAUUUCUUUGGGAGAAAUAUAAAAGGAAAAAGGAAUAUAUGAACAGAAAAAUGUUUGGCCGUGACAGAAUAAUAAAUGAGAGACACUUGUUUCAUGGAACAUCCCAGGAUGUGGUAGAUGGAAUCUGCAAGCACAACUUUGACCCUCGAGUCUGUGGAAAGCAUGCUACAAUGUUUGGACAAGGCAGUUAUUUUGCAAAGAAGGCAAGCUAUUCUCAUAACUUUUCUAAGAAGUCCUCCAAAGGAGUCCAUUUUAUGUUUUUGGCCAAAGUGCUGACUGGCAGAUACACAAUGGGCAGUCACGGCAUGAGAAGGCCCCCGCCAGUCAAUCCUGGCAGUGUCACCAGUGACUUGUAUGACUCUUGUGUGGAUAAUUUCUUUGAGCCUCAGAUUUUCGUCAUUUUUAACGAUGACCAGAGUUACCCUUAUUUUGUUAUCCAAUAUGAAGAAGUUGGUAACACUGUUUCCAUUUGAUUAAUCUUGGUACUAAGUUAUUUGAUGUAAUCUGAAUGAAGAACAUUCAUAACAGGUUUCAGUGGGUGGGACUGGGUGGGAAACAGCAUUGGACAGUAUUAGGACACUUUUCAGACCCAAUUUUUUAAGUGCUAGAAGUAUAAUUUUUUAAAAGAAAAACAAGUUUUAAAAUGACCAGUUAUUCCAUAAUUAUUUACUAAUUGUUGUUCGUGUACUUGGUGUGGAAAAGACUAAGGCUUGCAUAUUCACACUUGUACAUUUAGGCAGCAAUAUUAGAAACAUUUGGUGUGGGGUAGGAGACCCACAGCUGAAUAGCCCAAUUAAAUAUUGAUUGGGUCUGGUAGAAAUUUGAUCAAACAAAGUAGAAGCUGUGAGCAAAGUGAGGAUUGUAUUUAUUUACACUGAUAAAACUGACCAGAACUCAUACCACUAUGCAUAUCUCCUAUCCAAAGUAUCCCUACUUUGGGGUAGUAUAAGUUCAUGAAAUUCUAGUGGGUAGUAAAAAAAAAAAUUUUCUCUAUCAGCAGGACUGAAAUACAUCACUCAGUCAGAGACCAUCAGAGUUUUCCUGAGCUUUCCAAGUCCUGGUUAGGGGAAGUUUAAAAUGAAUGAAUACACACACACACACACACACACACACACACAAAUCACUUGAAAAAUUUCUGUCACCAGCAAAAUUUUUCAUGAGUUACAUGCGAUUCUUUUGUUAAAAUUCAGCCUUGGAAAACUCGAUCUCUUAUGUUAUUAUCCACCAUAGUUUGAAGGAGUUGGGCAGCUAAGUUGGCUAAAGCCAGUCUUGAGUUAGAAGUGUUACUUUCUGGAGUUACAGACCAAGCUCCUGAUGGAUGGUCUUAGAGAAUGGAGGACAUCUACAACCAAAAUAAAAAGGUGUAUUACUGUGCUUUGUGCAAUAUAGAUUCUGAAAAAUACUUGCUGAGUUGAAAUUGUUAAAGCCCACUCUUAUAUGCCUGCUUUGCCAGAUGACCUGGGCUCCUGGACUGACUGUUCUUUACACUACUUAAUAAUAGAAACACAAACUUAGAAAUCGUGCCACUGGCCCAGCUACAGCAUUGUUGGGUUAAUAUGUUGUUGCCUCGGUUCAGAGAGGUUUAUACUUUUAAACAAAGCAAAUAACUGAAUUUUUGUAAAGUGGAAGUGGCUAGUCACAAAAGAAUUUGCCACAGAAUUCCUUUAACUAUCAAGCUUUCCUUGAAUGUUUGCAGUUAUCUCAUUUAUCCAAAACAUCGUAGGAACUUCUCUGUUGUUCAGUGAAUCAGUCUGCUUAAGCACUUACCAGGGCUUCCACAGUUAACUUAUAUUGCCCUACUUGAUCCUAUUGUUAGCUGCCAUGGACAUGAGACAGGCAACCAUAUCAGCAGCUCUUCAUUCAACUAGACCUUGUAAACAGUGAUCCCAGUCUUGUCAAGAAAGGACAUGUUACCAUUGCUUAUUUGAUUUUUUGAAACUUGUUCCUUUUUUGUCCCUAAAGGAAACAAAAGCUUUAUGGCAUAUUUAUUUUUUUAAUAAAACUAAGCAAAAAUAAAAGUUAAGGUAAUUCUUUAAAACUUA